UGAGAUGCCUCGGUCGGUUCCGGGUGGUGGGCUGCGUGAGAGAGCGCGCAGUCGGGCUGCAGUCGUCGCCGCUGUGCGUCGCCAAAGAUGUUGCAACAGCAGCCUCUGACGGGCAACGGGCCGUCCAACGGCCGGGGACUCGGCGUGAGCGGCCACCCCGGGAUGCAUGCGCUCAACUCGGUUCACCAGCCCUCCCAGCACCGGUCGGACGGAGGCGAGCCGGGCCUCGAGGGAACGGAGAAUGGACACGAGAGCCGCAGAGAUAUUGGCGACAUACUGCAGCAGAUUAUGACCAUCACCGACCAAAGUUUGGACGAGGCACAAGCAAAGAAACACGCACUGAACUGUCACCGAAUGAAGCCCGCAUUGUUCAGCGUUCUGUGCGAGAUCAAGGAAAAAACGGGCCUGUCCAUGAGGAACACCCAGGAGGAGGAGCCUCAGGAUCCUCAGCUGGUGCGUUUGGACAACAUGCUGCUGGCGGAGGGCGUCGCCGGGCCGGAGAAAGGGGGCGGGGCCGCCGCCGCCGUGUCUGCCGCCACCAGCUCCGGAGGGAUGUCGCCCGACAGCUCGCUCGAGCACUCCGACUACAAAAGCAAGUUGAGCCAGAUUCGCAGUAUCUACCACACUGAGCUGGAGAAGUAUGAGCAGGCGUGCACCGAGUUCACCACGCACGUCAUGAACCUGCUGAGGGAGCAGUCGCGCACGCGGCCCGUGACCCCGCGGGAGAUCGAGCGCAUGGUGGCCAUCAUCCACCGCAAGUUCAGCUCCAUCCAGACGCAGCUCAAGCAGAGCACGUGUGAAGCUGUCAUGAUCCUGAGGUCCCGCUUCCUGGACGCCAGGCGUAAGAGGCGCAACUUCAGCAAACAGGCCACAGAGGUCCUCAACGAGUAUUUCUACUCCCACCUGUCCAACCCGUAUCCCAGCGAAGAAGCCAAAGAGGAACUUGCCAAGCAGUGUGGAAUCACCGUCUCUCAGGUCUCCAACUGGUUUGGCAACAAACGAAUCCGCUACAAGAAAAACAUCGGCAAGUUCCAAGAGGAGGCCAACCUGUACGCCAUGAAGACGGCUUUAGGAGCCAGACAGGGAGACGACUCUCCACACACUCCCAACUCCACAGGGUCGGGGUCCUUCUCGCUGUCCGGCUCAGCUGACAUGUUCCUCGGGGUCCCAUCUGUGAACGGCGAGCAGUCUGCCUACCAAAUGCAGGCCAAUGGAAACUGGCAGGGUCGGAGCUCGCCCCCCUCCGGCACCUCGCCCCGCACCGACCACUCGGAUAACUCUGACUGAUGGCCCCGCCCUGCCCCGCCGGCACACAACGACAGAACGAUUGACGACGGAAAAGACAGACAGAAUGAUAUCAUCCUCCCCACUCGGCUGCAGUUUUUCUAUGACGUUUGUUUGGUUUGGUUAUUUUAAAUGUAAUUGUUUUGUGUCUGGAGAGCCGCCCAGCGUAGGCAGAGUGAGUGUUGUGAGCAUGCAGGUUUGGUUUUUAUCAUCGGGGCGCGUAGGGUUCGUUCUCCACGCCGACUUGUUACUUAAAAUGUAUUUGUGACUGGGAAGACGUGAGAGGUGGGAUUUUAUUAUGUUUUUAGCACACUAUAUCAUGUUUAAUAAUAUUAUUGUUGCUUUUAUUAUUAGUUUACCACGUGUUUUUUGAUUUUAACAGCUCAGAAAGGGAGUGCAUGUAGUGAAUGAGAGGGCAGUAGAGAAAAAUCCAAAGAUUUGUGUGUUUGUUUCUCUGUUUCGUGUUGUUUUAAACGUCCUUUUCUCUUUUUUACUGGCCUGUCCCUGGAAAUGAAUGAGGCGUGCCUGAGUCCAUAUUAUUGGUUUGAAUGAGUGUCGACUGUGCUGUCUUUUUUCUGUACAGUGAAACACCUGUAUUCUCUCUACCUCUUUUACAAUAAAGACUCUCUGUAUUCACAA